GAACAGCAAAUGUAUGAAAAUACAUGCCCUUUGACAAGUAAGAAUUUGCAAUAUAGUAAAGAUAAAGAUAUGCAGCAACAUAAAAUACAGUGUGACAAAAGCUAGAAGACAGAGGAAAAUCCAGGAAGAGAAAAUUUGACAUCUGACUGAUUAUGUCAGUAUACAAUAAGACCAAUGUCCAUCCAUCAACUUUUAUUCUUAUUGGCAUCCCUGGGUUGGAGGCUGCUCACAUGUGGAUCUCCAUCCCCUUUUGUGCCGUUUACCUUCUGGCCUUAGUGGGAAACUGCUCUCUUCUGUUUAUCAUCAAGACAGACGCCAGCCUCCAUGAGCCAAUGUACCUCUUCCUCUGCAUGCUGGCUGUGGCUGAUGUUAUUGUGUGUACUACAGCUGUGCCCAAACUUCUCAGCCUCUUCUGGUUCCGCGAUGGAGAGAUUCGCUUUGAAGCUUGCCUGACUCAGGUAUUCCUGGUUCACUCUUGCUCCACCAUGGAGUCUGGCUUCUUCCUAGCCAUGGCUUUUGACCGUUGUGUGGCCAUUUGUAAUCCAUUAAGACACUCAGCUAUUCUGACACAUUCUGUAAUUGGGGUGAUGGGUCUAGCUAUUGUCCUCCGGGGAAUGGUACUUCUCAGUCCUCACCCUUUCCUGCUACGUUGGCUCCCCUACUGCAGAACCAAUAUAAUUUCCCACACCUACUGUGAGUUCAUGGCCCUCAUCAAGAUUGCCUGUGCUGAGACAAGAAUCCGCAGAGCCUACAGCCUCAUUGUUGCCUUUCUUACAGGAGGAGUGGACUUCAUAUUGAUUAUUUGUUCUUAUGUCCUCAUAUUGCACACUGUCUUCCACCUUCCAUCUAAGGAUGCCCGACUCAAGACCUUGGGCACCUGUGGCUCCCAUAUCUGUGUAAUCCUAGUGUCCUAUACUCCAGCCUUCUUCUCAUUUCUCACCCACAGGUUUGGGCACCAUGUGCCUUCCCAUGUCCACAUAUUUGUGGCCAACAUCUACCUUCUGGUUCCACCAAUGGUGAACCCCAUUAUCUAUGGGGUAAGGACCAAGAAGAUACGGGACAGGUUCCUUAAAUUUUUCAGUUUUUCAAAUCCUCUGAACUAAAUGAUUUUCAUUGAUGAGUAAUAACCAAACAAACAUUAUAUUACCUAUCUCAGAAUGUAUGGUUUCUUCAUCAAGAUCUUCUUUUAGUAGUCAGAGAGCUAGUGAUUUUUUUCAGAAAGUAACUACUCCAGAGAUAUAUUCUAUGUGUUAAUAAUCAUCAUAUUAAGGCAGAUAUAUUACCAAGUAGGAUCUUUUUAUCAAAAUAUUAAAACAUUGUUUUCUAAAAACAAAACAAAACAAAAAAAAGGAAAACUAUGGAGAGUCAUCUGAGGCUAAACACAAGAGAUAUUUAAAAUCAAUAGGAUAAAGGGGGAGGGUUUUCAGGGACCUGUAUAAAGGACACAUGGAC